AUGACGCACAUAAAACGUUUUGUUGUGAUUGGUGAAACGGGUGCUGGUAAAUCGGCAUUUAUCAAUGCGAUGUACAACUACUAUUUCGGAACACGGGAUGUUGACGAAGUGUUCAAUUUAGAAACAAAAUCUGCUAUUAAAUUGGCUAUUCCAUGCAAAGGCUGGGAUGAUUUAGUUUCUGAGGCAAGUCAAUCAUCUGAACGUGAUAUUAACGAUCAAACCAAGAGUCAAACAACAAGAACUACUGCUUAUUCACUCAAAGUUAACGAAAAUCUUGUGUUAGAAUUGAUUGAUACACCUGGUUUUAAUGAUACCGCAGGCGUUUCAAACGAUGAAACAAAUUUAGAACAGAUUGAAAAAGCAUUACGUUCUGUGGACUAUCUAAAUGGUAUUAUUAUUGUUGCUAAUGGUUCCACGAUGCGUAUGGGUACUUCGUUUCAAUACUUUCUUUCCCUUUUACGUGAAAUUUGGCCAAAUAGUCUUACGGAUAAUGUUUGUGUUGUAUUAACUAACUGUCACGAGAUCAGUUGCAACUUGGAUUUUGCCAUUUUACAACAACUGUUCAAGGUCAACAACGAAAGAAUCUUUCAUAUUCAAAAUAAUCUGUUUGCAUGGGACAGAAAAUCAAAUUCAGGCAAAACGUUUCAACGCCUUCGUGGAAAUUUCGAAGAUACAAUCGAUGAAAUUAAUCAUCUAGUUGAAGUAGUGCUGGACAAAUUCGAGAACGUGUCAACCGAAGCGUUUAGGAAGAUUAGUAUUCAACAACCACUCAUUGAGGAACACAUUCAAGAGUUGAUUACACGUAUGAUUUCUUUGAUUGGUACAUAUAAACAUCAAACCAAUAUUGAAACUAGCAUUAAAAAUGCGAAGAAAACGAUGGAUGACAAUAAACAAUGGGAUAAACAACAUGAAAUUACUGCCAUCAAGUGGAUGGAGGUACCAGGAGAUCCUGAACUCGAAGAGAUAUCCUCAGCAACAGAAAAAUCGACAAUUAUAAAUGUCAUAUGUUCGAUAGCUUCAUUUCCAGGAAAGGUCAUCAAGAAAAUCAAGAAAUCUCAUAAGCAAUGUUCUGACCCACCUACUGCAUUGAACAACAAAUCUGAGGCUGAAUGUAAUUGUAUAACAUGCCCAAACAAUACACCAGAAUCAGUGUCGAACCCGUCAGAGGUUGCUACCAAACAGAAUCGCAAUGUGCAGCACACUUACAAAGCAAACGAAGUCAAGGUACAGCUGACUUUACCUGACAAUGUUGCCAUUUCGCACCAUAAAGAUGCUGAUAAACAAGUACAAACUUUGAGCAAUGAACUUGAAACUCUCGGCAAAAAACAAGAAGCUUUACGCAAUGAAUUGGAUAUGUUACUAGAACAGUUGAAGAGUGACGCUCAACAGAUACGUCAAAUCAAUGCACACGUUGACCUUAUUGAUAGAAAUAAAGAUCUAUUAACCAAGUUUCAAAAAGAAAUCAAUGAAACAACAGAUCCAUUGGGUAUGAAGCCCUAUUUUGACACGACAAUUGGCAUUUUGAAGUUGCCAUCAUCUGGCGCUUCUCUCCCCGCUGAUGGCGAACAAAUGGAAACGGAUAUUUAA